GUUCGGAAUAAUAAAUAUGGCGGUGAAGUGGCCAGAGUGAACAGCUGGAAAAAAUCAUGAAUGUUUUUAUUUUCCAUGUUAUUUUGUUUACUUAAUAAAUGGUUAUGUAUAAUUAGACUGAUUUGGUUGUUUGAUUAAGACUACAUGAAGUCUAUUCAACUAACGAAGUAUCUUAAUGCUGCGAAAGAACAUUUUAUGGAAGACAAUACUUCCAUUUCGUUGGAAAUUGAAACCGCUAUGGCAAAAAAUAAACAAAGUGACUUCAAGUUAUACAUUUUGUUAUGUUAUUGUGGUAUUAGUUCUUAUCCUAAGUACACAUGUAGUUGACGGAAAUGUGUUAAAUAAUAGAGAAAACUAUGUAUAUAAAGAAAAUAACGAGGAAGAUGAAAACUAUAAAAAUCGAAGUUUUUCAACAGCAGGAGAUCAAGUAAAAAACUUUCGAAGCGUAACGAAGAGUAACGCCUCUAGCCUAGAACACUUACUUAAAUUUGACCCAAAUCCUGUAGAUAAUCUUGUUAAUAACCAUCGUAAAACAAAAUUUACUAGGAAUUACACAUUAAACAAAAAUUUAUACUUUGUAAAUACAGAUGUACAUAAAUCUGACAAUGAGGGAAGAGAGCUUUCUUCUUCAUGGGCAAUUAAAAUCCCUGAAACAUUUUUUUAUGAGAAUAGUAUACUUGACCCAAAUGAGAUAGUGCUGAAUAUAGCAAAUGAACUUGGUUUAAUAAGUCAUGGUACUAUUGGGCACCUACAGGGCCAUUACAUGUUAACCCACCAUAGUUUUUACAAUCAUUCACCAAUUGUCAAUGAUGAACUUGCAUUAUUUCGAAACCAUAUAACUUCAAAGCUUACAAAUCAUCCUGAUAUUGAUUGGGUUCAACAUGAAGUUGUGCGUAAAAGAUACAAAAGAUCAUUAGAAUUCAAAGAUCAGUUUUUCCCAUCUCAAUGGCACUUGGAUAAUCUGAAGUUCAUUGGUCAUGAUAUUAAUGUGACAGGAAUCUGGGAACAUAAUAUUACUGGAAAGGGAGUAACAGUUUCUGUUAUCGAUGACGGUGUUGAGUGGACAAACCCAGACAUCUUAGAUAAUUAUUCGUCUGCUGGCAGUUGGGAUUUGAAUUCGAAUGAUGGUGACCCAAUGCCACGUGUUGAUGAAGCUGGAUUAAAUCACCAUGGUACACGAUGUGCUGGUGAGAUUGCUGCUGUAGCAAACGAGUAUUGUGCUGUAGGCGUGGCUUUUGGUGCUAAGGUUUCUGGUAUACGCAUCUUAGAUGGGCCAAUGACUGAUAGUCUGGAAGCCAUGGCAUUUAAUACACGGUCAAAUGUGAAUGAUGUAUACAGUUGUAGUUGGGGUCCUGAUGAUAAUGGGAGAACAGUAGACGGUCCACAUCAGUUAGCACAGGCUGCUCUUGCUAAAGGAGUUUUAACUGGUAGAAGGGGUUAUGGCAGCAUCUUUGUUGUGGCGUCAGGAAAUGGCGGGCACUUUAAAGAUAACUGCAAUUUCGAUGGUUAUGCAAAUUCAAUAUUUACGGUAACCAUUGGAGCUGUUGAUGAGCUUGGUCAGAUGCCAUACUAUGCAGAACAAUGUGCUGCCAUGUUGGCUGUUACGUACAGUAGUGGACAAGGACACCAGAGAAACAUUGUAACAACAGACUGGCGUUUAGGAUCUGGGACAGGCUGUACUGAUCGCCACACUGGUACAAGUGCUGCUGCUCCUCUUGCAGCUGGAGUCAUUGCUCUUAUGCUUGAAGCACGUUCUUGUUUGACUUGGCGUGAUGUGCAACAUUUAAUUGUGUACACAUCCGUAAAGGUGGACAUAGAUCCGGAAGAAUGGCAGGUUAAUGGUGCAGGGUUUGCUCAUAGUCACAAACAUGGAUUCGGAUUACUUGACUCGUGGAGACUCGUCACAGCAUCUAAGAUUUGGCCAAGUGUACCGUUCAUGACAUCAUGGAGUAGCGCCAUUGUAAAAUCAGGGGACAAAAUACCAACUGCACCUGGUUUCAAUUUAACCAAAACAUUUACAGUAAAAGACAAGAUGGCAGAACACGUCGUGACAUUGGAACAUGUUACAAUUACAGUCAAUAUUAAGCAUCCAAGUCGAGGUACACUAGCUGUUCGUUUGAUAUCUCCAUCAGGAACCGUGUCACGGUUAGCAAGUACACGAAAAUACGACAAAUCAAGUGAAGGUUUCGUUGAUUGGACCUUUUCUACUGUCCGAUGUUGGGGUGAGACUCCUCAGGGUAAAUGGAAAAUUGUUUUUGUUGAUAGAGGUGUCAACAAAGUGCGUGGAAUACUAAAAUCUUGGAGACUUACUUUUUAUGGCUCGUCGUUCACAAAGAAAGAUAUAGAGACAAGAAAAAGAUUGGUAAAGAAAGCCAUUUCGGGGCGUUUCCUACGACAUCCAGGGCCACCGUGUCCGCCACCGCCUGCGCCUACUCCGAAGAAAGAAAUGUUAUCAUCACGCAUGUUAAAGAUAAUUCUCCUUCUUGGUGGCUUUUUCUUUUUGGUUGGCAUCUAUUUCGUUUUGGAAACAUUAUGUAACAACGAAGAGAAGGAUGUGAAAGUUGUCGAAGCAGAUUACGAGAGUAUGGAGAUCAUGACACCUGAUGGUUUUGACAUCGACGCUUUUGUCACAGGGAAAUUAGCAAAAGAUGAUGAAGAGAGGCUAACCAACAUCAUUGAGCAUGGUUCAUCAAGACCAAUGACACCGACUUUUACGAGUUUGUCCAUCACAGAUGCAGAUAGUUUAGAAGUGCUGAAUGCGAAUACUGCGAUGGAGACACCUGAUGAAAUGACACGUGUUCAUGAAUUCGAAGAGAGGCUGAAGUUUGCAUUGGAGCAGAGUUUAAUCUUGCAAAUGAAGCAAAUGAAUCAAAUUGAUAGUCUCGAAAAAGACCUAAAGGAACUUAUGGGAGAUGAAGGUCUCGGCUCAGUGGAUGUGUUUAGCGAGACACCUACUAAGAAGAAAACGAAGAAAAAGAAAUUAAAAGGAAUUUUGAAGAAGCCUAAACAAUAUAAAGAUUAAAGCUAUCCAACUGGUGAAAUUCGCAAAAACCACCGAUCACUCCUCAAGGUUUUCUCAGGUACGUGACGUCAUAUCGCAUACCAAGGAUCGAGUUCUAAUCCGAUUGGUCGAUCACGAGCGAAUGAUGUGGUUGCAGUGUUGCUAUUAAUAGAACAGUCACCAUGGCGAUGAAAGAAGUUAACGCCUGCGUAUUUUUUUCAAGGCACGCUAAGUCUGGCUGCCGAUAAGCAUGCCUUGCUUAUAUGAAACCUGCAUUUGGUUAAACGAGAACAGUAAAAUCACAAAAAAAGAAAACAAUAAAGAAAAUGUCAGAAAGUAAAAAAUAUAUUUAUUCGAGGAAAGUUUUUAAAAGUUAAAAAAUUGUAUUUAUUUUGUUAAAUUUCGUUGAAAUUAAUAUAUUUAAAUAUAUUUAUUAAAUAAAUCUGUAUACAAUUUUUACCAUAUUAAAUAUAUUAAAUGUCUAAUUGUCA